AUGGCCUCAUUCUUUCGCGAAAUUGCAGUGGUCCUGACUCCUGAUUUCUCGAGCCCACUUCUAGGCAUGAAAUUCCCACUUAUUGUUCUCGGGUCGUUGCUUCCCUUUGUCCUUGCGGAUUUCCCUGGAGACAUCGUUGCAUUUUGGAAUGAACGUGCGACUUUCGCGCUGAACGCGUCCUCGCCUCGUUUGUCGUCUCUACGGGAAGGUUACUACGGCGCGCUCGUCCAAACCACCGUCCUGAAGGCUUCCGACGACUCUCAAGGCUUGUCGAGGAACACGCGUCAACUUGCUCUCAGUCAUGCCGCCCAUGAUAUCCUGACAACAAUAUUCCCCGCGCAAUACCGCAACAUUGACGCGUAUUUACGGGAGGCGGAGGACCAAAUUCGAGCUUCGGUACAGGAAGCGAGGAGGGGCAGAGAAAUAGGCGAACGCGCUGUCGCAAGGACUGUCGACGCUCGUGCUGGAGAUGGUGUCGCAAAGUACAUUCGCUACGACUUCAAAGCUCCCGCGCCGGGUGUCUAUCAGGGCACGCCUCCGACUAACGGCAUUCCAGCUGAUCCGAAUGGCCCAUUCAUCAAGCCAUUUGGAGGCGUCAAGCAGUUGCCUGUCUGGAUUGCGCCUCCGGAUGUUCGCAGCGAGAGUUAUAUCGCACACCUCCAGCGAAUUAAAGAGAAAGGAGCUCGCGUCAACAGUACUCGCACCGCUGAAGAAACUGAGAUCGGUUAUUACUGGCUUGAAUCCUCGAUAACUUACUGGAACCGCUUCGCGCGCGCGAUUGUCGGCAACUCCCUCAGCGCCGACAUCAGCAAGUCCGCAAAGUUCUUCGCACAGCUCAACUGGGCGAUCGCCAACGCUGGCACCAUCGGAUUCGACGCGAAGCAUCGCUACAACUCCUGGCGCCCCAUCACCGCUCUGCGCUGGACCGAGCCGUUCCUCUUUGGGGGCGCCGACCUCAGCGACCCCACUUGGGAGCCGCUCGUCACUACGCCGGUGCACCAGGACUACCUCUCGGGACACGCGGUGUACGGCUCGAGCGCAGGCGGCAUCAUAGCGCACUUCCUGGGGACCGACACGAUCGACCCGCCCGUUACACUGAGCUCCACGGUGACGUUGGACAAUAUUGGGGUGUUAACGCGCACGUACAGGAAUGUGAGCACGGCGGUGAAGGAGAACGGGGACUCGCGCGUGUUCGUUGGCGUUCAUUUCCAGUUCGCAAGCGAUGAGGGGAAUAAGGCGGGACAACGCGCUGCGGAUGAUGUCUGGCGCCAGGAUGCGAAAGGGUACUUGUAA